UCUAUGGCCUGCAUGUUGGUCUGACGGAUCGUGACUCAUGAGCAUCGUGACCACUGUGAAACACCUGUAAAUACAACGCGUUGCCGAACGACGUCGCGUCGGGUUCUUAGCGACCACGAGUGCAGUGGCUGUUUAUUUUCUUAUCCGUGAACUGCGCGCCACUGAUACUUACCUUGACGACAGAUGAUAAUGUGCGCGCUGUGAUUGCGUCCCGACUUUCUUUUUCGCAGUGGGCGAUAAGUUUUCAAUCAGUGAGUUGAGUGGCUGAUAGCCUCCGACCUCGUGACGUGGGGGCGUAUUCGGGUCGUCCUGUCAGAUCGUCCGAGCACACUACAUCUUCUUUCGACGCUGAUCGCUGGCGGACAGCAGUUGACAUCCAGCUGCCCAACGAUGGCCUGGACCAAGUACCAAGUAAUCCUCGCGCUCAUGCUCGUCUUCACAGGCUCCAUCAACACGCUGGCGACCAAAUGGGCGGACUCGUCGUAUGCGCUCGGUCGGGACGGCAAGCUGAGGCUCUUCGACCAUCCUUUCCUACAGGCGGUCGGCAUGUUCUUGGGUGAACUGUCGUGCCUACUGGCGUUCCGUGUCGUCUUCUUUUACUACACCCGGAAAGCCAAAGCGGGCGAGUCUGUCGAGCUGCCUCCCAGUGUGACCGGCAGUCGCGACUUCAAUCCUCUCAUCUUCUUUCCUCCAGCCAUGUGCGAUCUGGUCGGCACCUCCAUCAUGUACAUUGGGCUCAACCUUACCUAUGCAUCCAGCUUCCAAAUGCUCCGAGGUGCGGUGAUUAUUUUCACGGGCCUGCUGUCAGUGGCGUUCCUGGGGCGCCGCCUGCGGUCGUACGAGUGGCUCGGCAUCCUCUUGGUCAUGUGUGGCCUGGUCGUGGUUGGCAUGUCGGACAUCCUCUUCCCUGACAGCCAUGCCACGAAGGGCCCCAACAGCAUCAUCACUGGUGACCUGCUCAUAGUACUGGCCCAGGUGAUCACUGCUUCUCAGAUGGUCAUCGAGGAAAAGUUUGUCACCAAAUACAAGGUGGCACCGCUGCAGGCUGUCGGCUGGGAAGGCUUUUUUGGCUUUGUGGUGCUGGGCAUCUUGCUGGUGCCUAUGUACUUCAUCCCAGCGGGCAACACCAUCUUCCAGAACCCCGGUGGCCAGCUGGAAGAUGCUAUCGAUGGCUUCAUUCAAAUUAAAAACAGCUGGCAUGUCUGCUUAGGCGUUAUUGGCACGGUGCUGAGCAUUUCCUUCUUCAACUUUGCCGGAAUCAGUGUGACGAAGGAGUUGAGUGCCACAACACGCAUGGUCCUGGACAGUGUGCGCACCCUGGUUAUCUGGCUGUUCUCUCUGGCCGUGCGUUGGCAGAGCUUCAACUGGACACAGAUAGUUGGCUUCCUGGUGCUCAUCCUGGGCAUGUUCCUCUACAACAAUGUCAUAAUCCGGCCCUUCCUGUUGAGCCGUGGGUGCAUCAAGGACACUGAAGCAGAAGACGACCUCAAUGGGCUGAUCCAAGAAGAGCGGGCGGGUUCGUCUCGACCACCUUCUAGCACAGAUGAACCAAACCCUUGAUGCAUGCUCCGCAGGGUGCAGCAGUGCCUCCUGGUCAGCAAGGUGCAGUAAACUCAAGCCGGCACUCGGUGCACGAAAUUAGUGGAACUGUGGCCAGUCCUCCUGAAGGCCCUCUCAGUAGGUUGUUUUUGCAGAAACAAGUGUAAGUGUUGGAAAAUGACAGUCCCGAUCCCGGUCCCUGGGUCUGGUUUGUGACAUCGUUUGGCUUGUUAGAGUUGCCCUGUGGUACUACUAACACUGUGUGAUACAUAGCCAGUGUCGAAAGCCCCAGACAGUCAUUUGUGGCCUGUAUUUCCUGGGACCUACUGGUUGCUGCUUCCUUCUUUGGUUUGGCUGUCAAAACAAAGAGCGAGCAGCUUUGAGAUGCUCGGUUGUGCCAAGCCGAUUGUAUGCUGCCUUUGUGGUGCAUUGCUGUACUCCUACCCACCUUUGGAAGGACCCCUCCAGAAAAGACCAGUGCUGCAAGCAUACCUAGUGACUGCAACUGUUUUGGCUGAGCAAUGUAUUGUUUUGCCAUGAGCCUGACUGUUCAGCGACAUCUUUUUUUUUGCAACCAAGAGUAUUGUGGAGACAUGUCUUGUCAUGUGGCACCAUGUGCACUCUUAUGGGCAGCAUGUCUGCUAGAAAGUGACAAAGUUCCUGUGCAACAUUAGAAUGUUGUUUUGGCUGAGCAAAUGGCCCUGCAAUGUCUUGAGCAGGACUGGUUGUUUUAGCAUGUAAAUGUGCAUCUGGAUAGCAAUUUUGCUACUUGAUAGGGGAGGUUUUUUUUGUAGCUGUGUGCAGGCAUAGCCUGUGGAAACAGUACCAUCGGAGAAUCUCAAUAAUCGAGUACUCCGCCUGAAGAGUAAAGAAGCUCUAAUAUUCCAGCUGCCAAUGGAUCCCUCACAUCCAGCUGAUACUUUGGUGCAAGCACACUGCAUGUUUAUACAGGUGCACAUUGCACUGUCAAGAUGCAUGCUUAAAGUACAGCCACCACCAUGUCCAGUGUUGUCUUUUUAAAGUAUGGAGCAGUGCUGCUGUGCAAUGCUGUUUGCCACUUAGUAUGCCAUUCCAAAGGGGCAAGUACUUUAAUACCUUGUUUUUGAUGUUUCUUUGACGCUUUUAAUAGCCAUAGAAAGUAUUCUACAAGAAUACGCAGUCACAUGUUGAGUGUAUUUCUUUAUAGCAUUAUUUUGCGCACACAUACUCUUGUGGUUUUCUGCUCCAUGCACACUUCCUUGCAUGGCCUCUUCUAGCCAUCAUGCAUGUGCUGAGGGCUUUUAGCGUGUAAGAUUACGAGCGGUAUCGAAACUUGACUUUGCUGCAACGUGAAAAUUUUAGCACUGAGUGCAUUCAUUGCAGUUGAAGUCGCAAGCAUGGUAUUUUGAGGCAUUUGGCACAAUGGGUUUUUAUGUUGAUAUUACUGUUUCUUUGACUAAAGUUUUAACAUGUCUGUUAGAUGGCCAUCUUGGCUUCAAAGGAAUUUGUGAUGCACUACCAAGUGGCCAGUGUCCUGUGCCUUUCAAGGUGCCCCAUCUAUAUUAAAGGUUAAUUUCUCUGCAAAGUUUGAUCUCUUGUACUUAUUACAGCAUGGACAUUCAAUGGAAAUAGCUUAAACAAACUAGGACAUUGCAGGGCAAACUUCACAUAUUAUGUUGUGUGCGUUAGUUUGUCGCCCUUCUUGACUCCAGUCGAAUGCCUUUAUGACAAAAUGACCUGUAUAACAAAGGAUAGAGAAUGACCUGGCUGAAUUGGUAAAUCUUGCAAUUCAAAGGUUUCCAGAGAGUUUCCAGCUUGCGAGGUGAAUUUCAGUUUGACCUCAACAUCAUUUGCGAGUUAGAGGUUGAAGAAAGGUAAACAUACAGCGAAGUUGAGCCACAGUUGCCAACCAAUAAUUCGGACAGCUUCGCGCCAAUGGCCCCAUAGACUGAAUGUUUCAAGACGACCGAUAUUCUGGACUCCGUCCGUGGAUGUAGCGUACGCCGACUCUGCCGCCAUUGUCUCUUCUGGCAACCUCGACGAUACACCAAGUAUGACGUCGGUGAAUACACGCAUUACUGAAGGCAUGUAACAGUUUACAAGCACAUGCUCUCGACAUAUAGUACAAUACUGAAGACUUAAUAGUCCUGUUGAAAAAUUGAGCAUAUGUUUUACAAAAUCCUUAAAUAUAGCAGGGAUGUAUUUCUACCAUAGUUCCGUAAAAACACUUCAGUGUACAUUUCAGUUUUUCUUGGUGUUGGAGUUUAUCAACGGGCACUUUCAAAUUACUUGCAGUGUUGUGUCAAAACCAGAAAACGGAAAAGCUCUUACUUGAAAAAUUCCUAACUUGUAAUACUUCUGUUAGUGUCUACUUCUUAUAAACGUGUAAUGUAAGUAAUGCUGUUUACAAUCUUUAUUAUUCUAUUUAUCAUUUCUAAUGUACUUUGAGCAGGAGCAAAAGAAGUUACUAUUCCAUACAAUAAAGUUGGUUCAACUGAAGCUCUA